AAGCAUUUGUUUGUGUUCAUUCAUAUGCCCUUCGACAAACUCAUCAAGGUUGCUUACUCUGCCACAAAAUACUUUCUUCAUCUACACACCAUCUUUCAUCAUAAGAAGACAUGCAUUCACACCUUUCAAUCAUGAGAUCGACAUCGAAAGUCUUUUUCAUUUGUGAUAUCGUCUCGUUGGUGUUUUUCAUCUUGCUUUUAUCUUCUAUCACUGCACCCGUCAAAGGGGACCUACAUGUUGUCAGAGAACGAGGUAGGCAUCCUGCUCACUUCAAGAGAGUCAGUAUCAACGCCAGGGAUGCAAAUGUUCUAGAUCACGAUUCUCAAGAUGUGAAGCGUCAAGACAAUUCUGAUGAUGAGCAAUCAAGCACGACUGAAAGCACAAGCGAAACCUUCAGUAAUGCAAUCAGUACAGUGUUCGUCUCACCAACAGAUAGACUGCCAACAGCUUCUUGGACUUUCCCAUCUACCGUCACGCCAACUUCAACAGCGACAAUCAAUCUGUCCAGUAUGAUCGUCACGGCAAAUAAUGCCACACUACCCACUCCUAUCACCACAACUGUCAAUACAUCUCCUGUCCCACUCUACGUUCCACCUUAUGAUCCACUCGCUGAUCCAGGAAAGUAUAACGUUCAGUAUUUCGGACCAGGAAAUGGUCAUUCAACAGUCUACCAGGUCGUUUAUUCCGGCAAUGCUCAACGUGGACCAAUUACCGCAACAAUGGUGGCAGAUGCGGGUAAUGCAAAAUUGUUUGGCGCACAACAAUCUACCGUUAUUGACGGUCAAUCGACUAAUGUUUGGGCAGCAGUUUCUUGUGGAUAUCAAGACGGUUUGGUCUCAAGUGUUGCUUCUCCGUCAGCUGGGUAUUGUAUUUACUACAAUAACCAUGAUCAUGUCACUUCCACAUGGACAACAGAAAUCACACAAAUCGCAGCAGAGACAACGAUUACACCUUCACCAGGUGCAGUGGAAUCGUCUAUCGCUUCAGUCAAAUCCGUGCACGGUCAAUAUGCAGCCAAGCCGUCACUGUCCAACAGUGCCUAUGCUGAAUUCGCAAUGUCUACCCAACUUGUCGCCAUAUUACUCGUGCUGGUCACAUUCGUCUAUUUCGGUUGAUUCUUUCGAGCUUCCCUAUUCCCUGUCUCGUACUCUAUCUAGCGUCUCUUACUUAUCUGUAGCCUCACUUCUUCCUAUCGAACCAGAACAAUAUCUUUAUCAUGCACAAAUGUCGGUCUAAGGACAAUGCUGAUGCACGUCACUUUAGUGAUAUGAUAAUGAUAAAUUGCAUGCUUCAUGAACCCUCCUUUACUCGUCUGUGGCUGCCUCCUCUGCCAUGUCAAAGUACUUCCAUUGGUUCGGUCCUGGGGUAAUUUCCAAGGGUUCAUGACUGAAGGUGUGGGAAAAGGAAUUAGUCACUCUGCUAAGCAAGAAAGAACAAAUUGUACCACUCACGAUUUCCAUUCUAGCAUCUUUGCUGCCAACUUAAGUUCAUCUUGUGCUUGAAUGAUGACUUCUUCAAUUUGACCGGCGUCCAAAGUACGUUCUAAAUCAGCGAUAAC